ACCGCAUCCUGGACCUGCUGAUUAAUCUCAGCCGUCCAAAGAUAAAACGACGUCGCUGAGGGGGGCUCGUAGCCGUGAAGGCUGAAACUGCAAACAGGCUAUUCCUUGCAAAAUAGCAAAACAGAAGCAAAAAUGGAGGAUGGUCAUGGAUGAAAGAAGAAGCCCAUUCGCCUGAGGCUUUUGCAGGUUCUUUUCUGCGACGUAAAGAAAUUGAAGGAGACAAGAAUAUGGCUCUCAAUUACGGCAACGAUCACUGGGCAUUUCUGCAAGAAAUCGAUGCGCCUCUGUGGGUGGAUCUCACUCUUGAAGCCAACUCAACAAACCAAUAUAUUGACGAUGACUGGUUUUACAGAAGCCAUCUGUUCCACCAAUGCUCUUCACGCCAGUUGAAGGCUGCAUUUUUGAAUUUGGGUGAGGAUAGUAUGGGCUUAAACUUUGACUUAGUAGGACCAUCUUCGCCACAACUUCCGUCUGCUGUCUCUAAGUCAAGAGGCAAAGACUUUGUAAGCAAGAAAUGGAGAGGGGAAAACCAAGAUUUUACAGAUAAGCGGGACCCAGACAAAGUUCUGAGUGGAACAUCUUCCUGUGGGAACUCAGGGUCCAGUGAUAAGAUGAAACGCAAAUCAAGCUAUAUACAGUUGAAAGGAACAUCCCGUUCCAAAUCAAGUUCAGUUUGUAAAAGCAGUCUAACUGGAAAUCACAUACCCAAUUGCUCUAAGCCAACGUCCUCUGGUGGGGAUCCAACAUGUAGUUUUAGUUCUGUGACAAACAAGGAAAAUGAAAGCAGUACAGCAAGCACCAUUACAUCUGAGAGUGGUCAGCAGCAACAACAGAAGUUUAUGGAGAAAUCAAAUCCGGCAUUGAGUCAAACAAAUGGGAUAUUUUCAGUAAUAAAGGCUGGUUUCAGGAAAAGCGGUAUUAUGAGGACAGCAGCCAGAGUGGAGAUUAAUUGUGAUAGAAGGAAAUCAAGAGGCCAUAAAUCUUCAUUCAGCAAGUCUAGUGUGGGAUCAUCUUCAAAUCCUCGUUCAAAUGGCAGGACCUCGACAUCUACAUCAAUACGGUACAAAGAAAGAUCUCCAUAUAGCAGGAAUGUGGCAAGAAUGAGUUAUGCAACCAAGAACAGAAUAAAACCUUCUAAAGUAUCCAAGUUGUCUACGCAUAAGAGUGAGAGAGGAACUGCAAACUACAUAAUUGGACCUAAUGUUUCAAAGUCAAUCCACACGGAAGCUACAAAACCAAAGGUUCAGUAUCAGAUUCUGAGAAGGAAACCUUUGGAUUCUGUUCUAGUUAAAGAAACUAAACCGGUAACUGCUGUGAAAUCUAAGAAGAAACCAGUUGUUGGUGGAUCUAACAGAUUGGCAGCCCCAGGAAAAGAGAAUUUGAAAGGGAGAAUCGCUGGGAGUCAGAAAUGCAAUAACAAAGGCAUUGCUCCUGCAACCAUGGUUUGGAGUCCGAAGGGGACAAAACAGAGUAUUUUGCAAAGGACUGACCAAACGUGACUGGCUGGAAAGGGGAAAGUCGGCGGUCCAAGCCAUUUGGUAAGCCUGAAGGAUGUUCCAAAGAGACCCCAUUUCAGAUGAGAGACCAGUGCAGUCUAGCUGAUUUGUAUGUAUAGGGUAAACCUGAUAUCACUUCUGACACUGGAGAAAAAGUAGAGUGAAACAGAGUUUAGCCCUCGAAUGAUCCGAGAUUCUUGCUGGCCCAGAGGGUCCUGUAUUUCUAUGGAAGUUUUUCUUCUGAUUGCCAUGAGUUGAGGUGAUAUCUUUCGAGUGGCGCUAUUUUCACGCACCUCAUGCUAGUUUCGAGUGGCGCUAUUCUAAUAGUCGUUUAGUAUUAUGUACAUAUCUAGUGGAGAAAGCUCUUCUAGAUUUCUUUUCAUUUGACAAAUUGAAAGAGAGAGGGAGUAGGAUCUGUAAUUCACAUCAAUUUUGAAAAUAUUAGAGGUUUCUGUAAUGAAAUGUUAGACGCGCAAAUCGUUUACUUUGAAGGUGUAAUACAAGUUGAUGUUUUCUUGA